CCUCCUUGUCUGCAACAUCCUCUUUUUUGAGCUUCCUUCUUUUGGACCCAUGUGAUUUGCUAUCAAAGCCGUGCACGGUUUGAAAUGGAGUGCAGUCAGACAUUUCUCAUUUCUGAAACUCACAGCAGCUUCCAUUCAGAUUGAGCACAGCUUUUCAUAUCAGCGUUUUGACAGUUUGUGGAUUUGACAUCAGUAAAGGAUCUCGGUGCAGCUGAAGCCACCUGAUUCUGUGAAGUCGGAGAGCUGAAGGUUUGUUUUCGGACAGGUACAACUCGUCUUGAGGAGGCCUGAUGGAGGCGGACAUCUUCGACUAUCGCAGAGAGGAGCACGCUGUGGACGCUGAGUAUUUCCAGGGAGAGAAGAGGAAGCUGAUUCAGCCAAAUUCUCUAAAAGACCCCAAACUUGAGAAGCUGAAGCAGGCAUUAGUUGAUUGGAUCAAUGGGACUUUGAAACCGGAGCACAUCGUGGUUCAGAGUCUGCAGGAGGAUCUGUACGAUGGACUGGUGCUUCAUCAUCUGCUGACCACGUUGGCCGACGUGCAUCUGCCUGUGGAGGAGUUAGCGUUGACCGGUGCCGCUCAGAUACGCAAGCUGGAACUGAUCCUGGAGGAGUUGGACAGGAGACUGGGCCCGCAGGACGGCCGCCAGAUCAAAUGGAACAUCCAACUCAUCCACAACAAAGACCUUCUGGCUACGAUUCAUUUGCUGGUUGCCAUGGUGAGAUGUUUCCAGCCUGAACUGGAUUUGCCACCAAAUGUGAAGGUUGAAGUCGUGUCGCUGGAAGUCAACAGCGGUGGAAUCAAAUCCGACGUACAGACAGAAGUCCUGACAGGUGAUCGGCCCAACAACACAGGCUCAGACUCCCUCAGCAAUACUGGAAGGGAAGAUCCCAUUGAACAACUGCUGGGGCUGGAGGCUCACAAGGUCAACACGGUGAAGAAGGCCAUUUUACACUUUGUCAACCAGACCAUGUCGACGAUGGGUGUGCAGGUCGCUGAACUGGACAAACAGUUUGCCGAUGGCGUCAUCCUGCUGCUGCUGAUUGGACAGUUAGAAGGCUUCUUCAUCCCACUCUGUGACUUCAACCUGACCCCCGUCAAUCAAUCUGAGAUGCUGCACAAUGUGACCUUGGCCCUGGACCUCCUGAAUGAUACAGGCCUGACACUGACUAGUGUUAAACCACAAGAUAUUGUCUCUCAGGAUGUCACAGCCACCUUGAAGGUCCUGUACGCCCUGUUCAAGAAGUACAAAGAGAAAUGAGAGACGCUCGGAGGGGAGCUCAGGAGCUGGAAGUGCAAAGAGCUGAAGACAGGUGGAGUGUUUGACCAGCUUGUGGUUUCAUCUGUCGCAAAUACUGUGAAUGUUCUUAUUCAAAGGGCGACAUUAAAUUUUGUUUAUCGUCUCACCCAAGUUUGUGAUGGUAAUCCAAGUAGAGGGCCAUCAUUUAUGGUCACAACAUACUGGAGCAAAGUUGAUAAAAAAUCUAAGUUAAUAGACACAUUUUUUACUCACAGUCACUCUGAGGGACUUUGAAAUGACGUGAAUAUUUAACAAAAAAAUCUAAGAGUUCAACACAGAGAAAGCCAAAGGUACAAAUAACAGGUCACAUUUACAUAGACUGUAUAUAAAGAUGAAAAAAAAUAUAGCUCCCAAAAGAGAAGCCAAAGCUUCUUGUUAAGUCCGCUGCAGUGGUCAUGUGACAACACGCAGACACCAUCGUCGGCUCACAUCAUAAACUCUCCAGGUGAAAAGCCAAAGCUUGGUUGAGCGGCAUUAGGGUUUUUAUAUGAUUUGAUUAACUGCAAAAUUGUGCUGGAAUUUGCACCAUUUUAGCCGAAAAUCCGGCUCAGGAGGGCUCUGCAUUAUUGGCAGUUGUUGUGGCCCUGUUGUUUGGAACCAGCUGGUUCAGGGUCCCUGUUUCCAAAAUGUACGAUUUUAUUUUGGCUCAUUUUACAUACAUGGUGUAUUCAUUAAUUGAUGUCUUUUCGCUGUGCCGCCACAAGAAAUGUAUGACCUCGUGGGUUUCUUCAAUGUUGUUGACAGCUUAAGGACAAUAAAGUGUUCACGCAAACCCAA